AUGUCCACCUCCAACCCUCCCUCUGUAAUAUCAGAUUCCCGAUUCGACCCCUCCUUCACCUCCCACGUAAUCGCCGCCACAGGUCCCAACGCCUCGCCCCGCGCCCGCAAAGUAAUCGGGUCACUCAUCCAGCACAUGCACGAUUUCGCGCGCGAGAACGAGAUUACUAUUGCGGAGUGGAUGGGCGCGGUCGAUAUGAUGAAUUGGGCGGGCAGGAUGAGCGAUGAGAAGAGGAAUGAGGGACAGCUUGUUUGUGAUGUGUUGGGGUUGGAAUCCUUGAUAGACGAAAUCACCUUCAAACUCGCGGCCGAAACCUCCUCCCCCGCGACUGCUUCCGCGAUUCUAGGACCCUUCUUCCGUCACGAUGCCCCGGAGCUUCCCAACGAAUCAAGCAUCGUGCACGGCGUCGACGACGGCGAAAUCACAUAUAUGCACGGCAUUGUGCGGGAUUUAAAAACCCAAAAACCCGUUGAAGGGGCGACGAUAGACGUCUGGCAGGCGAGCACGAACGGGCUUUACGAGCAGCAGGACGAGGGACAGGUGGAGCAUAAUCUGCGGGGGAAGUUUAGAAGUGAUAGGGAUGGACGGUAUGCGUUUUAUUGUCUGAGACCGACGAGUUAUCCGGUGCCGAAUGAUGGACCUGCGGGGAAAUUGUUGGAGAUUUUGGAUAGGCAUCCGUAUAGACCGGCGCAUAUACAUCUUAUUGUGCAAAGAGAAGGGUAUAAACCUGUUACGACGCAGAUUUUCGAUUCGGAGGAUCAGUAUCUGGAGAAUGACUCUGUGUUUGCGGUCAAGGAUUCUUUGGUUGUGGAGUUUAAGAAGAUUGAGGGGAAUGAGAAGGCGGUGAGGGAGUUGGAGUAUCCGAUUCAUUUGAGGCCUGUUGAUGGGAAGGUGUGA